AUGGAUCAGCCCCAAAGCCAGCCUCACGUCUCAAUCUGCUCUGAGCUCUUUCCCGUCGCUCGGGCCAACGAGGAGAAUGCCUGUGGUUUCCUGUUGUGUGCGUUUGAACGAGUGUCGGACAGAGUGUGUGUGUCCAUACGCAGAGGUCACUGUCGGACAGAGUGUGUGUGUCCAUACGCAGAGGUCACUGUCGGACAGAGUGUGUGUGUCCAUACGCAGAGGUCAGUGCCGGACAGAGUGUGUGUGUCCAUACGCAGAGGUCAGUGUCGGACAGAGCGUGUGUGUCCAUACGCAGAGGUCACUGUCGGACAGAGUGUGUGUGUCCAUACGCAGAGGUCAGUGUCGGACAGAGCGUGUGUGUCCAUACGCAGAGGUCACUGUCGGACAGAGUGUGUGUGUCCAUACGCAGAGGUCAGUGUCCGACAGAGUGUGUGUGUCCAUACGCAGAGGUCAGUGCCGGACAGAGUGUGUGUGUCCAUACGCAGAGGUCAGUGUCGGACAGAGUGUGUGUGUCCAUACGCAGAGGUCAGUGUCGGACAGAGUGUGUGUGUCCAUACGCAGAGGUCAGUGUCCGACAGAGUGUGUGUGUCCAUACGCAGAGGUCAGUGCCGGACAGAGUGUGUGUGUCCAUACGCAGAGGUCAGUGUCGGACAGAGCGUGUGUGUCCAUACGCAGAGGUCACUGUCGGACAGAGUGUGUGUGUCCAUACGCAGAGGUCAGUGUCCGACAGAGUGUGUGUGUCCAUACGCAGAGGUCACUGUCGGACAGAGUGUGUGUGUCCAUACGCAGAGGUCAGUGUCGGACAGAGUGUGUGUGUCCAUACGCAGAGGUCAGUGUCCGACAGAGUGUGUGUGUCCAUACGCAGAGGUCAGUGCCGGACAGAGUGUGUGUGUCCAUACGCAGAGGUCAGUGUCGGACAGAGCGUGUGUGUCCAUACGCAGAGGUCACUGUCGGACAGAGUGUGUGUGUCCAUACGCAGAGGUCAGUGUCCGACAGAGUGUGUGUGUCCAUACGCAGAGGUCACUGUCGGACAGAGUGUGUGUGUCCAUACGCAGAGGUCAGUGUCGGACAGAGUGUGUGUGUCCAUACGCAGAGGUCAGUGUCCGACAGAGUGUGUGUGUCCAUACGCAGAGGUCAGUGUCGGACAGAGUGUGUGUGUCCAUACGCAGAGUGCCAAGCCAUAACAGUCCAUACGCAGAGGUCAGUGUCGGACAGAGUGUGUGUGUCCAUACGCAGAGGUCAGUGUCGGACAGAGUGUGUGUGUCCAUACGCAGAGGUCAGUGUCGGACAGAGUGUGUGUGUCCAUACGCAGAGGUCAGUGUCGGACAGAGUGUGUGUGUCCAUACGCAGAGGUCAGUGUCGGACAGAGUGUGUGUGUCCAUACGCAGAGAGAACACACGAUGGAGCGGAGCCACAGGGCCCCGGUCCCAGCUGGAGGCCCCGGUCCCAGCUGGAGGCCCCAGUCCCAGCUGGAGGCCCCGGUCCCAGCUGGAGGCCCCGGUCCCAGCUGGAGGCCCCGGUCCCAGCUGGAGGCCCCAGUUUUUGGGGUGGAGGUGUUUGAAGGAGUGGUUUGUUGGGGUUGGUGAGGGUGGGUUUUGGGGGUGGGGGGGGUUGAGUGAUGGGAGGGGGGUUGGGAUUUGUGAGGGGGGGGGGUUGGUGGGAAGGAGGAUGGGGAGUGUGGUGUUAAGGAUGUGGGGGGAAGGGGGUAUAAGGGGGGGGGUGGGGAUGGGGUUGGUGGGGGAAGGGGUGUGGGGGUUUAGGGGGGUAGGGGGGUGUAAGGUGGGUGUAUGGGAGAAUAGGGAGUAUGAGGAUGUUAGGGUGGUGGGGGGGUUGGGGAAUUUGGAAUUUGGGAUAGUUGUGUUGGGGGGUGGUGGUUUUGAUUUAGGGGUUUUGGGUGGGGGGUGUUGUUUUUUGGUGGGGUGGGUUGAUUGUGUUUUGGGGGGGGGGGGGGGGGUUUGGGUAGUGGAUGUUGGGGGGGGUGUUGAUUGUGUUUUGGUUAAGUGUGGUUUGGGUGGGGGAAGGGACCCGGACUAUCUCCACCAUCCAUCACCCGCGGUGCAAAUCCACCCGGAGCCUUUAGCCUCCGCCCAGCUCCAUCUCCCUGACACCUCCUUUAACAUGCGGAUGCCUCCAACCCUAAAAUAG